AUGGCUGCUCUCUAUGCGCUGGUGCCCUUGGUAGCGACUAUAUGCGUCUCAGCAACUGCACCAAGUGGGCCAUGGGAUGUGUUCAACCUUGCACCGGAGAGCAAGACGGUAUAUGCGCGAACGAUAUAUGGCGUCACAGGUACCGUGGCAACCGCGGACAACCUAGCUAACAACACGGGGAGUGCUACACUGGUGGGCGAUGGAUCUUAUGUGACGCUGGACUUUGGGUACGAGGUUGGAGGGAUCAUCUCGUUGACCGUCGACAAUGCGACGACGUCGUCGUCUCUGGCGUUAUCCUUCACCGAAUCCGCUCUAUACAUCAGCCCACAGACUUCCGACGACUCGGCAGUACAAGACGCAGAGAUGUCCUACGACGGUGUUCUACCUCUUACUGCACCACUCCAGACCGGUCUCUGGACAGCACCCGAUUACCGUCUGAGAGGAGGUUUCCGCUUCCUGACAGUCGUCUCGACCUCAGAUGACCCCGUCACUAUCUCCAACGUUUCCUGUGCAAUCUCCUUUAUGCCACAUUGGGAGGGCCUACGGAACUACACUGGGUACUUCUACACGUCAGACCCAGAAUCAGACGACGCAGAUUUCCUCACGAAGAUAUGGUACUCAGGCGCAUAUACUGUCCAGACGGCGACGAUUGCAGCGGAUACCGGACGUGUCGAUCCCCCUCUUGGCUCGCCAGGCUGGUAUAACAAUGCUACCGCGGGCAUUGCAAGCCCACUCAUCAUCGACGGAGCCAAGCGCGGACGGGCAGUGUGGCUCGGCGACAUGGACAUCGCCGUGCCCACCCAGUUCGUCUCGACCUACGACCUCCUCCCCGCGAAGAACUCCAUCGCCACCAUUUUCUCGCUCAUGACCGCCGCCGGCGAGCUCGCGUACUCCGGCCCGCCGCUCAGCGAGCAGGGCAGCGACACCUACGCCGCGUGGACGCUCAUCGGGACGUACAACUAUUACCUGUACUCGGGCGACCUCGAAUUUGUUGAGGAACUGUGGAGCAAUUAUACGAGGGCGAUGGAGUAUUUGGCGGCGAAGGUGGACGAGAAGGGGCUGUUGUAUGUGUCGGAGACGGGAGAUUGGGGGAGGUUGUGGAUGGGUGGGUAUAACUCGGAGGCGAAUGCGAUCUACUACCAGGCACUUUUGAACAGCGCGCAGCUCUCGACCUGGCUGAACGACACCGACCUCGCGUACGCAUACUACACGAAUGCAACCAAGCUCAAGGGGGAGUUCAACGUCGUGUUCUGGGAUGACGACGUCGGCAUGUACCGUGACAACGAGACGUCCACACUCUAUCCACAAGACGGCAAUGCUCUAGCGGUCUUGUUCAACCUCACUACAUCUGCUGAGCAGGCGUCCCGGAUCAGCGAUGGUCUUACGCAGUACUGGAACGAGUAUGGGGCGGUGUCACCGGAGCUCCCAGAUAAUGUCGCACCAUUCAUUGGCGGCUUCGAGGUCUCCGCUCACUUCGCAUCAGGCAAUGACGAACGUGCCCUCGACCUUAUUCGACUAGAAUGGGGAUACAUGCUCACCACAAACAUCAGCGUGCAAUCGACAUUCCUCGAGGGCUACACAUCCAAUGGUUCUCUGUACUACCGAUCCUACGACGGCUACGCCUAUGACCCAACCUUCGUCAGCCACUCGCACGGCUGGAGCACCGGGCCCACGUCCGCUCUCACGUUCUAUGUCCUCGGCCUGACCGUCACGUCGCCCCUCGGUCAGACUUGGUCCAUUGCGCCGCAUACGUCGGGGCUGCCAUCGGCCCAGGGCGGGUACAGCACCACACUCGGCUGGUUCGGCGUUGACUGGACCUCGGACACGAGUAGGUUUAAUAUCACCAUUUCGACGCCGGAGGAAACGAGCGGGACAGUGAAGCUGCCGAUCACCGGGACGAUGUAUGUGGAUGGGGUCGAGGUCGAUGAGGACGGUUCGCAAGCGUUCGAGCUAUCUGGAGGAUCCCAUACCGUUAUCGUGGAGGCGUGA